CGCGGCCAUGGAUGUGACCAGCAGCUCGGGCGGCGGCGGCGACCCUCGGCAGAUCGAGGAGACCAAGCCGCUGCUGGGGGGCGACGUGUCGGCCCCCGAGGGCACGAAGAUGGGCGCCGUGCCCUGCCGCCGGGCCCUUCUGCUUUGCAACGGGAUGAGGUACAAACUGCUGCAGGAGGGCGACAUUCAGGUGUGUGUCAUCCGGCACCCGCGGACCUUUCUCAGCAAGAUCCUCACCUCGAAAUUCCUGAGGCGCUGGGAGCCGCACCACCUAACGCUGGCCGACAACAGCCUGGCGUCCGCCACGCCAACUGGGUACAUGGAAAACUCAGUCUCCUACAGCGCUAUUGAAGACGUUCAGCUGCUGUCCUGGGAGAAUGCCCCGAAGUACUGUUUACAGCUCACAAUUCCUGGGGGAACUGUCUUACUGCAGGCCGCCAACAGCUACCUGCGAGACCAGUGGUUCCAUUCUCUGCAGUGGAAGAAAAAGAUUUACAAAUACAAGAAAGUCCUGAGUAACCCAAGCCGCUGGGAAGUUGUCUUGAAAGAGAUCCGAACUUUGGUGGACAUGGCCCUGACAUCCCCCCUGCAGGAUGACUCCAUCAACCAAGCUCCACUGGAAAUCGUCUCGAAACUGCUCUCAGAGAACACAAACUUGACUACCCAGGAGCAUGAAAACAUCAUUGUGGCAAUUGCUCCUUUGCUGGAAAACAACCACCCGCCGCCAGAUCUCUGUGAAUUCUUCUGCAAGCACUGCAGAGAGCGGCCCCGGUCCAUGGUGGUCAUCGAGGUGUUCACCCCCGUGGUCCAGAGAAUCCUCAAGCAUAACAUGGACUUUGGGAAGUGCCCGCGACUGAGGCUGUUUACUCAGGAGUACAUCCUUGCCUUGAAUGAGCUCAACGCGGGGAUGGAAGUGGUGAAGAAGUUCAUUCAGAGCAUGCACGGCCCCACGGGGCAUUGCCCCCACCCCCGGGUCCUGCCCAACCUGGUGGCCGUGUGUCUGGCCGCCAUCUACUCCUGCUACGAAGAGUUUAUCAACAGCCGCGACAACUCCCCAAGCCUGAAGGAGAUCCGGAACGGCUGCCAGCAGCCAUGCGACCGGAAGCCCACCUUACCUCUGCGCCUUCUGCACCCCAGCCCGGACCUAGUGUCUCAGGAAGCCACGCUGUCCGAGGCGCGGCUCAAGUCGGUAGUCGUGGCCUCUAGUGAGAUCCAUGUGGAGGUGGAACGCACCAGCACUGCCAAGCCGGCGCUGACGGCCAGCGCGGGCAACGACAGCGAGCCCAACCUCAUCGACUGCCUCAUGGUCAGCCCCGCCUGCAGCACCAUGAGCAUCGAGCUGGGCCCCCAGGCCGACCGCACUCUCGGCUGCUACGUGGAGAUCCUCAAGCUGCUGUCGGACUACGAUGACUGGAGACCCUCUCUGGCCAGCUUGCUUCAACCCAUUCCAUUCCCCAAAGAAGCUCUCGCACACGAGAAGUUCACCAAGGAACUGAAGUAUGUGAUCCAGAGGUUCGCCGAAGACCCACGACAAGAGGUCCACUCGUGCCUGCUGAGUGUGCGGGCUGGCAAAGACGGCUGGUUUCAGCUCUACAGCCCUGGAGGGGUGGCCUGUGAUGAUGACGGGGAGCUGUUUGCCAGCAUGGUGCACAUCCUCAUGGGCUCCUGUUACAAGACCAAAAAGUUCCUGCUCUCCCUGGCCGAAAACAAGUUGGGCCCCUGCAUGCUCCUGGCGCUGAGGGGCAACCAGACCAUGGUGGAGAUCCUGUGCUUGAUGCUGGAAUACAACAUCAUCGACAACAACGACACCCAACUGCAGAUCAUCUCAACGCUGGAGAGCACGGACGUGGGGAAGCGCAUGUAUGAGCAGCUGUGCGACCGGCAGCGGGAGCUGAAGGAGCUGCAAAGAAAAGGCGGGCCCACCAGGCUAACACUGCCCUCCAAGUCCACGGACGCUGACUUGGCCCGCCUGCUCAGCUCUGGCUCCUUCGGAAACCUGGAGAACCUCAGUUUGGCCUUCACCAAUGUAACCAGUGCCUGCGCCGAGCACCUCAUCAAACUGCCUUCUCUCAAGCAGCUGAACCUGUGGUCCACGCAGUUUGGAGACGCCGGCCUGCGGCUCCUGUCAGAACACCUCACCAUGCUCCAGGUGCUGAACCUGUGCGAGACCCCAGUCACUGACGCUGGCCUGCUGGCCCUCAGCUCCAUGAAGAGUCUCUGCAGUUUAAACAUGAACAGUACCAAGCUCUCGGCUGACACCUACGAAGAUCUGAAGCAUGGGGCCCAGCUCACAACAGGCGUUCAUCACUAUCAGAUGGAAGGUGUGACCCUCGUGUUGUCCUCGGCCUUCCCGCUCUGCCCUGUGUCGUCUGGGCUCCUUUGCCCACUGGUGAGCCUGGAGAAUGCAAGCUGCCUGCUGGAGGUGGGCGGGAGGAAAGGGGUCAGGGUGUUUGUUUUCCGCAGGCUCCCCAGCCUUUGCCGUUUCCAGCAGUAG